GGCGGUGCCGGCGGCGCGGGUGCGAGGCGUGACGGAGCGGCGGUCCCGCGGAGCUGCGCGCCGCCGUGGAUGAGAGUGCCGCUGCGAGCCAGGAGGUCGCCGUGGUGGAGCCAUGGCCGCCGUGGUGGCCAAGCGCGAGGGGCCGCAGUUCAUCAGCGAGGCGGCCGUGCGGGGCAACGCGGCCAUCCUGGACUAUUGCCGCACCUCCGUGUCCGCCCUGUCGGGCGCCACCGCCGGCAUCCUCGGCCUCACCGGCCUGCACGGCUUCAUCUUCUACUUUCUGGCCUCCGUCCUGCUCUCCGUGCUGCUGGUGCUGAAGGCCGGGCGGCGGUGGAACAAGUACUUCAAGUCGCGGCGGCCGCUCUUCACGGGGGGGCUCGUGGGGGGGCUCUUCACCUACGUCCUGUUCUGGACUUUCCUGUACGGGAUGGUCCACGUGUACUGAGCGGGGCAUGAGGACUGUUGCCAAAAGUCACUACACAAUAGGCCAGCUCACCUUCCAAGCUGUUUUCCAUGGCUCAUGUCAUUAAUGCUGUCGGUAAAUUAUGUCCGAGUACAAAUUAAUCAGUAGCACUGUUCUAAUUAAAACUGAAUGUGAAGCACCA